AUGUCUUCUCUUGGUUACUUUCAGAUUCUUGUUUUUCUUUAUGCUUUCCUUGUUUUCUCAGCUGAAUCUCGCAAAACCCAACUGCAGAACAAUAACUAUGAUACUGAAUCUAGCGAGGAUGGUGCAAAAGGCACACGAUGGGCUGUUCUAAUUGCUGGAUCAAAAGAGUUUUAUAACUACAGGCAUCAGGCUGACAUAUGCCAUGCAUAUCAGAUUUUGAGAAAAGGUGGUCUAAAAGAUGAAAACAUAAUUGUGUUUAUGUAUGAUGAUAUCGCGUUUAGCCCUGAGAAUCCUAGGCCUGGAGUUAUCAUUAAUAGACCCGAUGGAGAUGAUGUUUAUAACGGAGUUCUUAAGGACUACACUGGGGAAGCUGUGAAUGUGAAGAACUUCUUAAAUGUGAUACUUGGAAACGAGAGUGGCGUCACAGGAGGAAGUGGCAGAGUUUUGAAAAGUGGUCCUCAUGAUCAUGUCUUCAUCUACUAUGCUGAUCAUGGAGCUCCUGGGUUACUAGGUAUGCCUGAUGAUGAAGAUAUCCUCCUAGCAAAAGAUUUCAUUCAAGUCUUGGAGAAGAUGCAUCAGCACAAACGAUACAAGAAGAUGGUGAUUUAUGUUGAAGCAUGUGAAGCUGGAAGUAUGUUUGAAGGGCUUUUAAAGAAGAAUCUCAAUAUAUUAGCAGUGACUGCUUCUAAUGCGAACGAGAGCAGUUAUGGAACUUACUGUGGUGUUACAUAUCCUCCUCCUCCUCCUGAGUAUGAUGGUAAUUGUCUUGGCGACGCAUUUAGCGUCUCUUGGCUUGAGGACAGUGACCUUCAUGACAUGAGCAAAGAGACUUUGAAGCAGCAAUACCAAGUGGUAAGGAGAAGAAUAGGAUCUGAUGCUGAAUCAGAGAUGAGGUCUCAUGUAUCUCGUUUCGGAACAGAGGAGCUUCUUAAAGACUAUCUUGUCUCUUACAUUGGAACCAACCCUGAAAACGAAAACUUCACUUCCAAUGGAUUCAUUUCUUCACCAAUGUUUAAUUCAAGCUUGGUCAAUACGCGUGACAUCCCUCUGUUAUAUCUCAAGAAAAAGAUUGAAAAAUCUCCAAUGGACUCACCUCAAAGACAAGAAGCGCAGAAGAAGCUGCUUGACGAAAUAAAUCAUAGGAAACAAAUCGAUGAGAGCAUUACAGAGAUUCUCCGACUUUCGAUCAAACAAAACAAUGUCUUAAAUCUCUUAACUUCCACAAGAUCGACAGGAAAAGCUCUUGUAGACGAUUGGGAUUGCUUCAAGACUAUGAUUACUAGCUUCCAGAAAUACUGUGGAGCAAAGGUGGAUUACGGAUUGAAGUAUACAAGAGCGCUUGCUAAUAUCUGCAAUAUGGGAGUGGAUAUGAAGCAAACUGUUUCAGCCAUUGAACAAGCUUGUUCGAUUAAAUGA